CUAUACGAAAUAAUCCUGGUUUGUGUAUUUUUAGUAACUAAAAUUUUUAAACACACGAGGCAGAGGCCAUCUGGAAUAAUAAUAUGCAAAGUCGGAGUCAAUAAGAACGCAUUUUUGUUGGGUUUUCGGGGUUUGUGGUGUGUUUGCAAUUGAAAUAUCACCAAUAUUAAUCAACUAAGCAUUCAUCAAUUGCCAAAAAAUGCGCCGAUCAUCAUUAUCGUUGUUAAUUAUUUUGACAUUAAAUAUCUUAAGCGUUGUGGCUAUUAACGAAUGUUGUCCAGAAGAAAAUAUAUUAUUUAUGUCAAACAAAAGCUGUUUAACCGAUAACAUAAAUGCAACCGGUGUCAGUAUAGAAAUCAGUUCAGAGUGUCCAACGAUACUUUCAAUUGAAAAUAAAUCAACAUUUUCAAAUGCCCAGUUUAGAUUUUUGGAUAAUGGCACCUUGCUGGAUCAUAAGGAUCGAGAACUGAGAUAUUGCUACUCAAACAAUGGAGACCAACCAAAUGCCACUAGUCCAAUUUAUAUCUUCUGCUUUGGGAAUUCUGAUGCUGAUGAACCCAUUGAUAGUAGAUUAUUAGAUAUAGUUGAAGGGAUCUUGGUCAUUAUUUCAGCAAUUUUUGUAAUUUUUACUAUAACAAUAUAUUGUAUGGUUCCAAAAUUACUCGAUCUACAGGGAAUAUGUAUAAUGCAUGCUUUAGUGGCUUACACAAGUUUUUUUCUUGUUUUGGGAACCCUUAGUCUGGAAGACAACCUUGGUAUAGAUACUUGCAAAGCAUUAGCUUAUCUAAUGUACUUCUCUUUCUUUUAUCUACUUUUGUGGCUAUUGGUUUUGUCUUUUCACAUUUGGAGAGUUAGUACAAAACCAAAUCUCUUUCGAGGCUUAAUUAAAUGGUCACUUCUAUACCACAUAUUCGCCAUAGGAGGAUCGUUAAUGGCUCUAAUUAUUGUCAUUAUGGCACAUUAUUCUCCAUCAGAAAUAUGGGAUGAUAUACGUCCUGGAUUUGGUGAAGGAAAAUGUUGGUUCAAAACCUCUCGGGAAACAUGGAUAUAUCUUUAUGGCCCCCUUAUAGCGCUGCUUAUUUUUAAUACAUUUUUUUAUUUAUGGACAAUAUCUUUUCUUUGGAAUACUGUUGCUACUAGACGAACUAAAAUUUUGAAAUAUAGACUAAAAUUAUGCGCACGGUUGUCUAUUAUAAUGGGUCUUAACUGGAUAUUGGAAAUAAUCACAUUUGUUGCAGAUAAUAAUGUUACAUCAUUACCCGGUAGAAUUGUUUUAUUUCUCAUCGAUCUCUUCAAUUUACUGCAAGGCGUUUUGAUAUUCCUAGUACUGGUGUUAUUCAGAAAACGUGUUCGCAGAUUACCAGCAAAGAAGAAUAUUUGCAACAUCCCUUUUCCGAACACCUGGAAAAAUUUAGAAGAUGAAGAAAUGGAAAGCGGUGAAGUUUAACUAAACCAAUAAAAUAAAACAAAAAUAUAGAAUUUAGUGCUAAUAAUAACUUGAAUUAGUUACUGAAAUAUAACAAAUACAUAUACAUAUAUAUACACAUAUUAUAUAAUCAUGCAUGUGAAGUUUAACCAAACUUUGGUUUUACUAAAGUAAUGUUUUUUCAAGAUUCAAGAAAUAUAAUAAUUGUUUAUCGUGAUA